AUGGUCCUGGAAUUUGGAUAUGAUGAGGUGGACGAGGUUCAGUGGGAGAUUCUGCGCACCACCGGCUGUGAGUCCUCUUGCCCUUCGACCUUCGCUCAAUCUUUGGAAGACGCUACCGCUCUUCAACACUUGCGAGACACCUGUCGCGAAGCUUGUUCGCUGACAUACCGCUGUGCAGAGAUCGAAAUCGUCUUUGCAAAUAAUGCCGCCAGCUGCGGGAUUUGCACGUUCAACAUCUGUACGCCGACGCCCCGUGGUGACGCCGAGCUGCACCGGCUCCUCGACCUGCCGCGCCCGGCGGCCGCCGUCCAAGCGGCACCACUCUUACGCGCGCUCUUGGAUGCCAAGGUCUCGUUCCGCACCGCUCGCGUGGGGGCCACCUCGGCCGUGCGCUUCACAGUGCGCCUCGUCACCGCGGUGCCGCCCCGUGGGGCGCUCCUCAUCCAGGGCCCGGAGGGCUUCUACUUCUCGGAGCAAUGUGAGGUGCAGGAUGUUCUCCCGGACCGUCCUGAUGAGAGCCUCUUGCAAACGAUGGGUGCGAGUGUUCGCUGCAGCUUCUUCCGUCGCGAGGGCCUGCCGCGGCUCCAAUUGCGCCCAACGGACGCACUGCUGGCAGGGCUCUACAGCUUCGAGUUACCAGUGCAGAACCCAGUCUCCUUGGAUGCCACACAAGCCGCGGAGUCGGACACAGACUGUGGUGCAGCGCAGUGCUGGUCCUUUUCCACAGUGGAGGACGUCUCCGCCACGGUCCCCGUUCAGUUGGACCGUGGCCUCGCGGUGCCGUCGCCCGACUUGCUGCAGCCAAUGGCAUCAGCUGGAUUGAUGAAUGCUAAUGCUCUUCAGAGAGUCCUCACGAAUCGCAAUGAUCAGCCUGGCUCAGUCAACAAUUUGGUCUUCUUUUUUGCUCUCUCGACUGCGAUGACUCAGAGUUCUGCAACGCUCCUGCUGACAGCGCCCGACUUCUUUGUGUUUGCGGAAGAUUGCAGGGAAGGAUUUGUGCUGGACGAGGUCUUUGGCAAGUCCAUCCCUUUCCCCAGCGACAUCUAUCCUUUCCCAGACGACCUCCGCAUCGACGAGUGCAUUGGGGAUCAGGAACAAGCGUCCGUGCAGCUGAAGCCUGUGGUGUUGCAAGCUGAGGUCAGCUAUGCCUUUCGGGUCCGUGUACGCAAUCCACCAAGCUCGCCCGUGACGAACACUUGGAGUUUGACUCUUGGUUCAGAAGCCAGCAACCUUUUCGAGUCCUUCACCUUGUGGCAGAUCCAGGACGGAGAGUUUCUCUCCCAGCCCACCUCGCCAGCUCAAGAAGAGGUGCUGCAGUCCUGCGGGCCUCCACCAGCGAGCGCCUUGCGGUGGCCGCCCGUGCGACUCCGCUUUCGCGUGGGCAGCGGCUUUCAACAACUCCGGGUGAUGUCGCCUCAAGGUUGGCAGCUCCGGCCCGACCUCUUUUGUGCCUUUGGUCCUGCCGGCAUGGCCCAACGCAUUUGGCCGCACACGAACAUCUCCUGCGGGCUGGCGGAGAAUGCGCUGAAGAUCCGUGUGGUGAGCACAGAGGAUGCUUGGAUGGGAUCGGCCCUCUACGAGCUUUGGGUCGCUGCUGCGCCGCCGCAGAGCUUGUCUCAUGCUACUCCGGUGACGGCUGAAUGGCAGCUGGAAACAUACAGGUUGGAGAUCCCGGCGGAGGAGGGAGUCAUCGAGGAGCUCAUCUAUGACCUUGGAUCCAUACCUGGACCUCCCUUGCACCCGCGCUUGGCGAGCUGGAAAGUGCUGAACCCAGGGAUGCAGAUCCUGGGCGGCGUGCGGAUGAACGUGACGCUGAUCCUCCAAGCGAUCAACGCUUUACAGGCCAACGAUGAGCUGGUGAUCACAUCUCCAUCUAGCUUUCGGAUGGAGAACGGCACAGCCGGCAGCUGUGGGCGAGUGAAGGUCUCCACAGAGAGAGCAGGUUUCGACGCCUGCGACGAGACUGGGCGCUUACUUCCUGCCUCACAAGGGGCAUCAUGCAUAUCAAACAGGCUUUAUUUGCUGGUGGGGACGUGGUCAAGCGAGGUGGAAGAUGUGCUCCUGAUAGAUCUCGAGGUGAUCAGUGCGGUCCUUCCACCAGCUGAAGAGGACAACUUCUGGACAGCUCAUCUUCAGCGCAAUGGCACCAUCCUUGAAGGCGCCGACCUCAUGUCCUGGCAAGUGAUUCCGCAAUUGAAGGAGUCGCGGCUGGAACUGGUUUCUGACUUGAGGCGCACUGGGGCCUUCCCUGUGCAGUUGCAGCUGCUUUGGGCUCCGCGCGUUGGGGCAGAGCGGUGGACCCUCGAGGUGUUGCAGCCCGAGUUCGAUUUCACCGGAGCAGUGAUUGCAUCCUUCUUGGAGGUGGAUCCUGCUUUGGACGGUGGAGGUCUUCCUCUGGAGCAUGGCGAAUUGGUGGUCGAGCAACUAGGAAGCUGCGGUGGUCUUGCCACCAUGCGGGCAGAUCGGCGUUACAUCCUGUUGCUGGACCACGUCCAGCUGCCCAGCACCGCGGCCAUCGUGCGCUUCCAGGUGCGGCUCCAUGUGGGCGCACGGGUGAGCAACCGAGGCGAUGUGGCAACGUCCUUCCGAGUGUUGGAUCGGAUUGAGGCCCACAAUGCAUCGGUCUCCCCCUUGCAUGCCCCAGAUUUGCAUGAGGUGGCCAAGACCUUACUGGCUCACCGGCCUCCACGCUUGGGGGAGAUGGCGCUGGUGGUCCUAAGCGUUUGCUUGCAGACUGUGGCUGGCCAGUUGCUGCACGUGGCAGCUGAGGGCGUUCAACUCCAGGCCAUGUCCCUGAGCGAGGCGGAGGUUUCAGCGUGUCUCAGGCCACCGGCCGAAGUGGGCGAAGGUCUCGCGGCGGAGCUGCUGUGCGAGCUCAAGUCCUCCGACGUGUGGAGUUUGGAGGUGCAGGGCUUCUUUCCUGCUGAGCUGUCGACAGGGGACGAUGGGGUGAUGCAAGCAUGGAGGAUUGAAGUGCAGGAUGCAGCUCCAAAUGAGACUGGCAUUGCUACGAGUACCAACGACGGCCAGUUCACCCCAGCUCUACCCUUCGCGAGCGUCCUGUCGCUGGUGGUCUCUCCGGUAUCAGUUGCUCCAAAUUCAGAGGUGGUUCUGGGCAUCAGCAUUGAUCCGAAUGGGGCCGAAGUGACACAUGUGGACUUGCUCGCUCCUCCCGGUGUGGCCUUCCCACUCAAUUGCUUGGCGACCUCCAGCCGCAGCAUCCUGAGCUGCGGGGCACAAGCAAGCCAGGACGGCCGCAGCCGUGCGACCUUGGCCUUGACUUUGGCUGCCACCAUUGCACGGUCGCAGAUUGAUGACAUUUUUGUGCGAGUGCAAAAUCCUGCCAGUUCCAAGCCUUUGGAGUGGAAUCGCUGGCUAGCGAUUGGCCGCGCUGGGCAACAGGGGCCAGAGGUGGCUUGGGGCUACACGGACACCGACUAUGGAGUUGCCCCGAUGGUGGCAUCCUUGCACCAUGCUCCGGUGCCUGGGCACGGACAGACGUUGAAGCUCUCUUUUCAGGUGGGAGAUCGAGCCGCCGCCGAUCUCGGGUCCAGCUCGGGCUUCUUGGAGCUCCGAGCUCGAGGUGCUUCAAGUGCUGAGGGACCGGCGGCGUAUCUCCGAUGUGACCUGGGUGAUCCAGAGGAGUCUGAUUGGCGCCAGGAUGGGGAUCUUUGGUUUCGGCCAGGAGCCUGGAGCCUCAUGCAGAGCCCGAGUGCAGCGCUCACGUUGUCGCUGCAGAAGUGCAACGUCUCUGGUGCCUUCUUUGCACGGUUCGAGAUCACCGGCAUCCAGCCGGGCCUGGUCUCCAUAACCGUGCAGGCCGAUCUGGUAGCUCCUUCCUCAGGGAGUAUGCCUUCACCUUCGGCUCCCGCACGUUGGGAUGUGGCAUUGCUGGAUUCCGGUGGCCACAUCGUGGACAUGAAUCCAGGCUUGUCAACGGAGAAUUGGUGGAGUCAAGAAUGGUCCUUGCGACCGCUGCUGUUGUCUUGGGAAGGUGUGAGCCAUCCGGCGACACAGAUCGCGGUCUCCGUGAUCUUCCAAAGUCGACGUGGGGACGCACCCGCGAUGCUGUGCUUGUAUCCACCGUCUGACUUCGCUGAAGGAGCACCGGCAGAUGCUGGAUUUUCCAUGUCAAUUGGCCAAGGUGAUUUGCUGUCAGAUCGCUUGCGUUUGGUGCCAAGCUGGCCCUGGGUGGUCCAGGCUGAUGUUCGCCGGAAACGGCGACUCUGCCUGGCCAUGGCUGGAAACGUCACAGAGAUGGCGCCGAAUGUGCAGAUGUCCUUCACGGUCCUGGUCGCCUUGCCGGAAACGGCCAAGUGGCCAGUUCAUCACGUUUGGUCGUUGACGCUUUGCCGCAGUGCCUGCACAGGCAACCUCAGUCAGGAGAUCAGCUUCAAUUUGCUGGGCUUUUUGGAGGGAGAGGCGCAUCCUGGAUGGCAAUCCACGGAGACCAACGGGGUGGAGCGUGCUCGGCAGUGCUCCGCAUGGCUUGGCCUCAUGAGCCUAGCGGCGCUGGGUUUGCGGUGA